UUGUAAUAAAUAAAAAAAAAAUUUAUCUCAACUACAUACUCGCAGCGAGAUCAACACUGAUAUCAGUGAAAUACAAGUGUUUAUGUAUCAAAAUUUAAAUUGAUCUAAAAUAAGGAAAAAAAUAUAAUAAAUUAAAUAACAAUAAUGAAUAUUUUAAAUAUUAAAUUAAUAUUUAUAUUAUUUAUAAUAAAUACCUGUCAAUAUUUGAGUUGUGAAGGAGUUAAUUCUGAAGCAACAAGACCAGUUGUUCUUUGGCAUGGAAUGGGUGACAGCUGUUGUUUUUCAUUCAGUUUGGGAGCAAUUAAAAUUAUCAUUCAAGAACAAUUGCCUGGUGUUUAUGUUAAAUCAAUCAAAAUUGGAUGCGAUGAAAUUGAGGAUGUUGCCAACAGUUACUAUGGAAAUGUCAACAAUCAAAUAGAUGAAGUAUGUAACAUGCUAGAAAAAGACGAAAAGCUAAAAAAUGGAUACAAUGCUAUUGGUUUUUCUCAAGGAGGACAAUUUUUGAGAGCAGUUGCUCAAAAAUGUCCAAAUCCACCAAUGAAAAAAUUAAUAUCACUUGGUGGACAACAUCAAGGUGUUUAUGGUCUUCCAAAUUGUGGUUCUAUGCAGUAUAAAAUGUGUGAUUAUUUAAGGAAAAUGCUCAACUAUGCUGCCUACAUCAGACCAAUUCAGGAACGUUUUGUCCAAGCUGAGUACUGGCAUGAUCCCCUGAAAGAGGAAGAAUACAAACAGGGAAGUAUUUUUCUUGCGGAUAUUAAUAAUGAGCGUGUUAUAAAUGAGACAUACAAGAAAAAUUUACAACAACUUGAAGCUUUGGUGCUUGUUAAAUUUGAUAAUGACACAAUGGUUCAACCAGUUGAAUCUGAAUGGUUUGGAUUUUAUAAACCAAAUCAAUCUGUUGAAUUAGAAACACUUCAACAAUCAUUAAUUUACACUGAGGACCGUCUCGGAUUGAAGCAAAUGGAUUUAAAUGGAAAAAUACAUUUUUUAUCAGUUCAAGCAAAUCAUUUGCAAUUUACUGACCAUUGGUUUAAAGAACAAAUUAUUCACAAGUAUUUAACAAUGUCAUAAAUUAAUUUUAAUAUUUUUUAUUAACUGUUUUUUUUUUAUACAAAAGAAAAAUAAUAAUUAUUGAUUAUAAUAUUGAGUCAAUAACAUGACAAGUCUGUAAAAAAAUAAAAUUUAUAUAAUAUAUUUUAUAUUCAUUUUAUAAA